CGGUACCCCAUUAUCGUCAAGUGAGUUGAGUAGACAAAUGACAUAAAUUGAGUGUUAAAAAGUUGAAAGAAAAAGAAAAAAUUUUUGUGGGUGAAAAAGUGCAUCAGGUGCUGGAGUUUUGGAGCGACUGUCGCUGUUUUGAUUUCAAUAUCAGAGUAAAUCCUGUAGCUGGUGAAAACGCCGCCUGUUGUCCAACCAGGGGCACAAUGCCGUCGUUUGCGGGAAUGUUGGUGCUGUUUACGACAGGACUCGGGGUCCUUAUGCCAGUCGUUAGUGGUGAGCUCUACACAGCUCUAGCUGACAUGGAAGAGCUACUUGAGACCGAGUCGGUCCUCAUUGACACACUUCAUGGAUACAUUAAAGCACAGGAGCAGAGAUUGGAAACAUUGAGGAGAAAUGUGGAGGAUUAUGCUCGUGAACACGAACAAGCGUCCCGCAACAUCCAGCAGUACCUCUCGAAUCCCAUCAACGCAUAUCUCCUGGUGAAACGUCUGACCACGGAUUGGAAACGCGUGGAGGAAUUAAUCACCGAGGAUGUGGGAAAAGCUUUCGUAUCUAAUAUCACGAGCUCGCGAAAUAAUCUCAAAUUUCCGACUGAUGAGGACCUCAACGGAGCGGCUGUGGCACUGAUGAGGCUGCAGGACACGUACAAACUUGAUACAUCUCAUGUGGCCAGAGGGGUUCUGAAUGGGGUUCAGUACAGCACUGGCCUGAGUGCUGGCGACUGCUUCGAGCUCGGUAGACAGUCCUACAACAACGGUGAUUACUACCACACUGUCCUCUGGAUGCAGGAAGCCAUGAAUCGGCUGCAAGACGAGCACAACAGAACCACCACGACCAAGCCAGACAUCCUCGAAUAUCUGGCAUUUUCCACUUACAUGCAAGGUAACGUUGCACGUGCCCUGAGCAUGACGAACGAGCUUCUUGAGUUGGUACCCAGUCAUCAAAGGGCUCUUGGCAAUAGGGCGUACUAUCAGGAAGAAAUACUCAAGACUCAGGGACAGAGAAAACUGGGGGAGGAUGGCAAGAACGAUGUGCCGGUUACUAGUCAGUUCACAAUCGUCGAGAAGAAGAUGAAAUCCCUGGAGGAAAUGACGGAGCGUGAGAGGUACGAGAUGUUGUGUCGCGAGGAAGUGCCUCUCUCACCUCAAAUAAAGAAACAAUUGAAAUGUCGUUACGUCGACCGGGGAGUUCCAUUCCUGAAGAUAGCGCCGUUCAAGGAGGAAGAGGCCUACUUGAACCCUCGCAUUGUCAUCUACCACGACGUCAUAUAUGAUGAUGAGAUUGAAACGAUCAAGAGAAUGGCGCAGCCCAGAUUCAAACGUGCAACAGUGCAGAAUUACAAGACUGGUGAACUGGAAAUAGCCAACUAUCGAAUAAGUAAAAGUGCUUGGCUACAGGAGCACGAACACAAACACGUGCAGUCUGUGAGCAGGAGGGUGGAGCAUAUGACUAGUAUGACUGUGGACACAGCCGAGGAGCUUCAGGUGGUCAAUUAUGGCAUUGGAGGUCAUUACGAACCUCACUUUGACUUUGCAAGGAGGGAGGAGACUAAUGCAUUUAAGAGCCUUGGCACGGGUAAUCGUAUUGCCACGGUCCUGUAUUACAUGAGCGACGUUGAACAAGGUGGUGGCACAGUCUUUACUGCAAUAAACAUAUCACUCUGGCCGAAGAAAGGAUCUGCAGCAUUUUGGUAUAAUUUGAAACCCAAUGGCGAGGGUGAUUACAAAACCAGACAUGCAGCAUGUCCAGUACUCACUGGAUCCAAAUGGGUGGCAAAUAAAUGGCUUCACGAGCGUGGACAGGAGUUCCUGAGGCCUUGUACCCUGGAGAAUCAGGCGCCAGACGUCGACCUCGGACGAUACUGAAAUGACACCUUCCCCAACCACAUUGCCAGUUAUACCACCUGCGAUUCUCGAGGAUUACCAAUACAGGGCUGCGAAAAAUAAAACUGAAGUUCCGGAAUCAUAAGAACAGAGUCAUUAAAGGUUAACAACUUCAUUUUACCACUGAGGAGUGUAAUGUGCUCCUGGCUCAUAUUGUAAUAGUAUAUCGUCGAAAUAUCCACCUCGUUGAUGGCACAUUUUCCGAUUUAAUUCACUAGUUAAAUAUGACUCAUCCGAAUAUACGACCUGAAGUCAUGAAUGCGUAAAUGGAGGGGCGGGGGGAAGAAGAUACUUCAGUUCUCUGACAAGAAAAUUCAUCUUAAUGACAUCAAAUGAGGAGAAAAUAUCAUUUUGUACUAUAAAACAUUAUUGUAAUUAUUAUUAUUAGACAAUAUAAAAGAAAAUUACGACGAUGAGUGAUGGAUUGAAAUUAAUUGUUAAGGUAAAUCAUCAUAUUGUGAUCACUGCAAACGUAAUGAGUGACGAUAAUUGAUGAGGUGUGAUAAUCCAUCACUUAUUAGACGAGAAAAUCGAUGAAUUAGAUCAAGUACUUCGUAUAGCUAGAGAUUAAACAAUGAACUUCUGAAUUUCGUAGGCAUUAUAACGAAUAAAAAACGAGGGGAAGAGUAUUUUUAUCGAUAAUUUGUUAUUCGUGAGAAUUUGCUCACUCUCACUUCUGCUCUGCGAUUAUUAUUCAGUGUGAAAAUAAAAAAAAUAGUCUACACUCUCAUUUGCACCUGUUUUGAUAUUCUCUCAGCACGGUGAUCAAAGAUUUUUGGAUCAAAGAGAAUCGGCUAUUCCUUGGACGAUACGUCAGAGUAUUUCAGGCUUCCCUUUUACCAGUGGAUAAAUAGAUUUAACUGAACUUAAUUAAGUGAGAAUUGUUUAUAGUUUUCCAAAGAUGUAUCGAGCGAUUGAAGCACAAUUCUUUUUAUAAUUUUAUGUGGAGAAAUAAAAAUUAUAUUGAAACAA